AUGUCUGCUAAUGCUCAGCUCUAUGGAUUUCCUCCAGGAUACUUCGUGAUUCGUAACCUUGCGAAUGGUAGGCUGUGGGACGUGUGUGGAGAUGAUGUAGAAGAUGGCGCCGAGAUUCUACUCUGGCCAGAGAAAGAGAAGUCUUUAGUUGAAACCUUGAGAAAUCCGGAAGCUAAUAAUCAGGUAUUCUUCAUCGACACGUCGGGCGCUCUUUGUUCGAGAUCAUCAGGACAUGCAAUCGAUAUCGAAGAGGACCGUUUGGUUAUUCGGCAUCGCCGACCCAUCUCCCAGCCAUAUCCAAAUGAAUACUCGCAUCCUUUACCGCGUUUCUCCUAUUCCCGAGAAACUCAGCAUAUCGCUGCAUCUUUCCAGUGUGAUCCUGCAUACCCUCCGCCAGCCGCGCAAACUUCCACCGCGUGGAUGCGAAAGACAUACGUCCUGUCAUCAAUUCCAAUGCCCAAACCAAAGUCACUGUUAGAUAACGCAUCGGCUUUCUUAAGUUCCGCUGUCAUAACACCAAUUUCUUUUUUCUCUGGUGGCACAGCACAGAGGAAGGCAACUCCUGAGGAUGUUUUCAGUGGGGAUAUAGACCUCACCGAAGAUGAGACUCUAGAACAGGAUCGAGGCGUAGAAGGCGACGCAGAUGACUCCUCCGAGCACCUCAGAAAACUCAGAGUUUUGACGAUCGGUCAGCGGGAUGCUCCUGCUGAAGGUGAGAGUGCUAGAAAACGCCGUCAAUGGCAGAUUUUGCCUUUGCGUACGUCAGCUGCUCAUCGGAGACUGCUGUAA